UGAGGGUGCGGUAGUGUUUUGAUGAACUGUCUGCACAAGUUUGUCGGAUGUUAAAAGUCGAGUAUGGAUACUUAAAAGCAAGGGAAUUGUAGCAAAAUUAUAAAACAAUUCAACAAUGUCUUUAAAACUUGUUGUAAUUGGCGCUACAAAUGUUCCUAACCCAGAAACAUUUGGUCAAUGCGAUCCUUACGCAUCCGUGUUGUUUCAAGGACAGAAAAAGAAAACACAAGUUGUCAAAUCGGAGCUUAAUCCAACUUGGAAUGAGACAUUAGAUUUUGAUUUACAAGGAGUACCAGCUAGCAGUAACGAUGAAGUGGUUAUAGAAAUCAAAGAUUGGGAACGGGUUGGUAGAAACAGAUUAUUAGGAACACUAAAGGUAAAGUUAGGUGACUUAACACGUGGUGGUCUUCAAUCUAAAACCCUCAGUGAAAAUCUGUUAGAUGCUAAUGGCAGACCACAUCAGUCUAAGUUAAAUUUUAAAAUUACGUAUAUUCCCCCAGCUGGUAGUCAAUCUGGGGACUCAGAAACACAAGGUUCACAAGGACAGGUCGUAGAACAGGGCGAUGACGAUGAUUCAGAAGAAGAUGAAGAAGAAGCAGCAGGUGACCAGGGGGAUGGUGGUGGUGGUCCUGGAGUAUCGAAGAGAAAAAAGAAACGUAAAAUGGGCAAGCGCAAGAAAACAAGAUCAAGUCUUUCAAACAAACCUCAAGAUUUUCAAGUUCGAAUCAAGAUUCUGGAGGCUCGGCAGCUACAAGGGGCCAAUAUACAACCUGUCACACGUGUCACAUGUUUUAAUCAAAUGAAACAGACUAGAGUUAAAAAAUCAACUAACAGUCCAUUCUGGAACGAAUCUUUCUUUUUUAAUUUUCAUUCUUCUCCGGCAGAACUUUUUGAUGAACUUAUAGAAUUUAAGGUAUUUAAUUCAAAGAAACUUCGGUCAGAUGCUUUAAUUGGUGCUUUUAAGUGUGAUGUGGGUUUAGUGUACGAUGAAAAUCAACAUGCAUUGAUCAAUAAAUGGCUGUUACUUAGUGAUCCAGAAGAUACAAUGUCUGGUGCUAAAGGUUAUUUAAAGAUCUGUGCUGUAGUACUUGGACCUGGGGAUGAAGCACCCAGUAUGAAAACAUCAUCACAAGAUGAUUCGGGUGACAUAGAGAGCAAUUUACUUAGACCUGCUGGUGUACAGUUACGACCAGCAUCUUUUAUUUUGAAAUUAUACAGAGCAGAAGAUAUUCCUAGAAUGGAUUCUGCAUUUAUGGAGGGAGUAAAGAAAAUUUUUAGAAUAGGAGAAGAACAAAAAGAGUUGGUGGACCCAUAUUUUGUAUUUUCUUUUGCUGGCAAAGAGUUAAAAUCUAAAAUUAUGUAUUGCUGUGAUCAUCCAGAAUGGAAUCAGGAAAUGCGUCUUGGACUGCAGUUUCCUUCAAUGUGUGAACGGAUUAAAUUUAUGAUCAAAGAUUGGGAUCGAUUGUCUGAAGAUGAUACAGUCGGAACAUUUUUACUGCCGAUAUCUUUAAUCUCUUCUUCUGGAGAUACGGAUGCAGAUUCAGUGUUUAGAGGUUUUUUACCAACAUUUGGGCCAUGUUAUGUUAAUUUCUAUGGUUCUACCAGAGAGUAUUCAGACUUACCUGAUGAGUAUGAAGACCUUAACCUUGGAAAGGGAGAAGGGGUUUCAUAUCGUGGCAGAGCAUUAGUUGAGUUAAAAACAGAACUUGGAGAGUUACCUGAAACAGCUAUAGAAGAUAUUCAUUCUGAUGACUUACUCAGAGUACAGAAAUUUAUGAGAAGACGGAAAUACAGACUGCAUGCAGCAUUUUUAAAUGCUACUAUGGUGAAUGCUAUUGAUGCUCCCAUAGAAUUUGAAGUCAGUAUUGGCAAUUAUGGUAAUAAGUUAGAUGAGAAUGUUGCACCUUGUGCUUCUACCACUCAGCCUACUAAUGCUGUAUUUGAUGGUGCCUGUUACUAUUUCUUACCAUGGGGUGGAACCAAACCUUGUGUUGUUGUAGAUAGUUCCUGGGAAGACAUCAGUUUCCGAUUGGAAGCUCUUAAUUUACUUUUAAAAAUAAUUGAUUCAUUGGAUGCUAACAUGGAUAGAGUAAAGAUAGGAAUUAAAGCUAAAUUACCUGUACCAGAAGUAGCCCAAUUAUUGAUAUCACUACUAGAUCAACUUGUUCUAGACUGCAGGAAAGAAUUUCCAGACCCUGUUAAAGGCCACCAUCAAAGCAACGAACUAGAUAAACUAACAAGUCAAUAUCGUAGAUCAGAACUGGACAUGAUCGGAGAACAAGCUGCAAAACUACGAGAAAAUGCUACAGAUAUCAACGAAGCCAUGUCUGAGAUAGAAAACUAUCUGGCCUUGUUGCAAAAUUUGGCUGUUGAGCCUCAGAACAGUAUGCCUGAUGUAUCUAUAUGGAUGAUAAGUGGUGAAAAACGAAUUGCAUAUUUCCGUAUUCCAGCUAAUGAAGUUUUAUUCUCAAAUAACAGUAACACAAUAGGUCGACAAUGUGGCAAAUUACAAACUAUUCAACUUAAGUUUCCUGGUUUGAAGUUAGAGAAAGAGAAGAAAUGGGAAAUUCCAUCCUUGCUUCAAGUUCGUAUCUGGUUAGGAUUACAGAAUCAGGAAGAAGAAUGGCAUAAGAUGCAGAAAGAAGGAGAAUUAGCUGUUUUUGCUGAAACGUAUGAAAAUAUGGUCAGUAUUCUUGGAUCCUGGACAACAAAAGGACCAACUAUGUCAAGACCCAAAUUUUCUGACAGUCAAGGAAAGAUUGCUCUCCCAAAAGAAUUUUUUGUACCUCCACCAGGCUGGAGAUGGGACAGCGAAUGGUACAUUAGUCCAGAAUUAAGUAUGAUGUUUGAGAAAGAUGCUGGUCAUAAGAAAUUUAUUGAAGAUAUCUAUGAAUGUCAUUCUCGAGGUAUACCUGGUGGUACAUGGCAGCAAGCUUCCCGACCUUGGUCUGACGUGAAAGGUGAUCAGUGCCCUGGUCGUGAUGAAAUCGUUCUACAAGAAGGUUGGAAGUGGGAUGAAGAUUGGCAGGUAGAUUUAAACAGAGCUGUAGAUGAAGAAGGUUGGGAGUAUUGUGUUGAAUCAACUAUUGGUGGAUAUGGUCCAGUAGAAAAGAAUUACCAUCUUUGUCGAAGAAGGAGAUGGCUUCGAUCUAGAACAUUAACAAUGGAUGUCAAGAAAAAAGCAGAACAGGUACUUCUUAAAAUUAUAUCCUGUAUUAUCUGCUAUUAG